AUGAAGAUUGCAACCGUCCUCGCCUUUGUGACAACAAUACUCUCCGGAGUAAGUGCUGGCCCACUUUUCUCGGAGGCCGACACUAUCUCGGCCAUCUGUUGGAAAGCAUGCUUCCACGAAAGGUCCCAUUGCCCAAGUGAAUGGCACGCUAAGAAAUUCGGGCGCUGUUGGACUUGCUGCAAAGAGCGCCAGGUGGUGCCUUACGAUUAUGAACUCUUUGAGUGGGAGGAGUAA